UCGUUCAUAGUGCUCUUUUGACAUGUCUCACUCAUAAUAGAUCGAGAGAUAUAAAAAAAAAAAAAAAAAAGGAAGUAGUCCUCUUUUAUUUUUUUAUUUUAUUUUUUUAUCUGUUGAUUAGGGCCGGGAGGAAAGUAUUGUUGGGUUGGUUACCUAGCUGUGUUUUCCCUCCCCACCCACCCUUUGCAUGCAUUUCCAAGUUGGUACAGUACCACGUCAGCCACAAUGCCAUGUCAGCUACAGUGCCACGUCAGCAGUGCCACGAUAGCAGUGCCACGUCAGCAGUGCCACGUCAGCAGUGCCACGUCAGCAGUGCCACGUCAGCAGUGCCACGUCAGUCACAGUGCCACGUCAGCAUGACGGGUCCAGCAAUGGGCCUGCCAGACGAACUGGCCAAUGAGUCCAUUGCCGACUACAAACGGCGCUUCCAGGCUCAACUCGCUUUCAUCGAGGCUGAGGAACAACGCCAGCUGUCAGUCGAGGCUGCCCGCCUAAAGGCUGAAGCAGCGGCAACAGCAGAGAAGCUGCGGCUACAGGCCGAAGCAGAUGCAGAUGCCCAGACUCGCCACAAGGAAGCCCAGGAUCUGCUGCAGCGGCAUGAAGCCAACAACAUUGAGAGACUCAAGUUCUGGCACUUUGAACCGAAUGACGACGACGCAACACCGGAAGAGCAGCAUAAGGAGUUCCUCUCCGAACUCUUGACACGGUUGUUGUAUGCUUGCAACUACCAACGGUCCGAGUUAGAGAGACAGGACCAGGAACUGCAGCAACAGUACGAGGAUCUGAAGACACAACACCAGGAGUUGAUGAACCUCCGCCGGAUAGUGCAGAGCCACGAGGAUGCAACACGGGCACUCAAUUCCCGUGUACUGGACGUGGAACAGGCUGUACCAGGACCAGAUGCUGGGGCUUCCAGUAGUUCACCCUCUAGCCGCCAAUUGGAGGAACGCGUUGACCACGUAGUGGCAAUGCUGGGCGACAUCAGCACCUUUGCGGCGCCAACCACCAUCAGCAGCCAGUUGGACACGUUGAAGACUGAGGUCCAACAACUGCAGUCGACGAACUCGGAUGGCAAUCCAAAGCUUCCAAUCGGACAGUGGAGACACCCAGCAGCCACUCCAGCAUCACGUGAUGGAGAUCAGGUGGCUGCUGUCCAGCCUCGAAGCAACAACAAGUCCCGGAACAAUGGGAAGGCGAAACCAGCAUCGCAAGCCGGAAAUGGACAGCCAACACCAUGGGUCAAGUUUAGCUUGACCGAGGCGGAGUACAAGUACCGCGGCCGCUACGGCUGCAGCUAUUGGUGCAACAACACCAAGCACAAGACCUCCCUUUGCCAAGAUCAGGCCAAGGAGGAUGUGCGACACCAUUCGGCCGCCUUGCUAGCGACCUCCUGCACAUCUGGGGAGGAUGUGAAUGUCGUAAGUUCUCGAUACACUUACGAGGACUAUGCUGUCCACUUGGUUCCACCGCUGGACCAACCGUUCCACGUGCAACAAUCAACCGCAUGCACGGUUUCAUCACCAUCGGCAACCGAUUCAGCAGCUUCGCCACCAUCUAUCGCUAGGGAUUCGACGUCAUGGUCAAGACUUGAAGAGCUCGACCCAUUGAAGUUCACGGACUUCCAAUGGAUGUCCGUUCCCUCGACCGAACGAUUGGCGAAACCACAUUGCAAUGCGCUCAUGGCACAACUGCGGGAUUACUUACACAUUGCAGUACCGACUCCGUUGAUGGACGCCGGAGUAGAGGUUGUCGACCUUCACGCCUACAUUGCGAAGAUUGACCGCAAGUUCAAGACGCAACGAUCCGGAACCGUUACCAUCCCCUACAGUAAAGAGCAGGAGGAGAGAGUUGCCGCCCUUCUGCGUGAGAAGAAAGAGAAGAUGGAGAAGAGGGAACUAAUCAGACAGGCUAAGAUGUUGGCGCUGCUGGAGGAGCAGGAAGCAAAGAAGAGGCAGAUGGAGGAGGAGAUGGAAAGAUGGAAGAAGGAGCAGGAGGAGAAGAUGACAGCUAUUCAGGUGGAAGAAGAAGAAGAAAUAGAAGAGGUGGAAGAAGAAGAAGAAAGACCGCUAGAGAGGAGAAGAGGAGGAGGAAGCACAAGUAAAGAUGCGGAGAUUGCGGAAAGGGCGGUCAGGAGAUUGGAAGCAGCAGAGAGGGCGGACAAGGACCUAAGAGCGGCGGAAGUUAGGAUGGGGAAGAUCCGAGCGGAGACUGAGCUAGCAACCAAGCUAGAUACGCUAAUCCAAAGUGUAGAGGCUUUAUUAGUCACACAGCGGGAACAAAUGCAGUACGAACGCAGUCAAGACAUCAAGAUAGACGCGAUACACGCGGGGUUCAAGGACUUCGCGUACGACAUGAUGAAACACCUGCUGACCGAAGUGCACAUUGCGAUUAAUAGGACCCGAGAGUUUUGUACUGGCGCCAUUGAAGGCGCCAAGCUAGCGGCCCCUAAGGAAGAGGAGUCGGCCCCACCAUGUCGCGAGAAAGUCAAGGUCCGAUUUCCCGAACCCUUCAAUGGGAAGAAGGGUGAAGAUUUUGAUAACUGGGAGGCCAAUGUGCACUCCUAUCUGUAUCUGCAGGGAGUCACACCUAAAGACCACACUUUGGUGGCCUUCCAGGCCCUUAGAGACGAAGCAACUAGCUUUGCUAGGUCGCUAGCCCGCGCUGCCAACUGCGAUAACGAUAUAGUUACAUACUCCGGACUGACACCCCUCUCUGACUUCCUGAAAGCCCUCAGGGAGCGAUUUUCUGAUGUCACGCGGGGCCUUAAGGCCUCAGACAAACUCCAAAUGAUCCACACUCGCCAGUGGAAGAGUGUGCAUGCGCUAAAGUCCGCUAUGGACGAACUGAUUGCGGUCCCUGGGCAUGGAGUCACUGAUGUGCAACUCCUUAACCUCUUCUACCCCGCCCUGCCUGAAAAUAUUCAGGGACACUUCUUCGAGAAGAAGAAUCAGCAGGGCAUGACUUACGAUACACUUAGUCGGGAGGCAGUUGCAUUUGCCGCCCAAGCGUCGCCAGUUACCACGUUCUGGCACAAGGAUCUGUCUAAGGGAAAAACGUGGAAGGGACGCACCAGCUCAGGCCAAAUCAAGGCCAAAGAUAGUUUGAUCUUAACGAUGGAGGAAGGUGGUGCAGAGGAGGUUCCCUACUCUGACAUCGAGUGGGGAUUAGAGGAGGACAACAGCGCAGGCCAGGGGAGAACCUACGCUGCUGGCGCGGCUGGAGGGAGGCCGCAAGGAGGACAACGGUCCGGCCCAACCUUCAAGAAAUUGAAGAAGGCUUUGAUUGAGUACCCUGUUCUCAAAGUUGCCGAUCCAUCAUUGCCAUUUGUUGUUACUACAAACGCGAGUCAGUAUGGCAUAGGUGUCGUUCUACAGCAAGAUGACGGCAACAGGUAUAGGCCCGUAGAGUUCAUGUCAGCCAGGCUGCCUUCAGAGAAAGUCGCCGCAUCGACAUACAAGAGGGAACUCUACGCUCUCAGGCAGGCUCUAGAGCACUGGAAACACUACCUGCUUGGGAGACACUUCAAGGUUUAUUCAGACGACGAGACUCUUAGAUGGCUAAAGACACGGGCCAAGAUGAUGCCCAAGUUGACCAAAUGGGCUGCUGAGAUAGGCCAGUAUGACUUUGAGUUAAAACCCGUUAAAGGCAAGUACAACGUGGUAGCUGAUGCGCUAAGCAGGAGAUCUGAUUAUUUCGGUGCGAUAGUACACUAUCUAGACAUAGGGGCCGAUCUGCAGCAGAAAACGAUCAGAAACGCCGGCCCUCUCCCACGCAUCGACGACCUUCUCGAGCGACUGGGCGGCGCGGAGUUCUUCUCCAAGCUCGAUCUCAAGUCGAGAUAUCACCAACUCGAGAUUCGCGAGGAGGAUCGCUACAAGACCGCGUUUAAGACGCGAUAUGGGCAUUUCGAAUGCCGGAGUUUGGAGGAGCAUGUGGAACACCUGCGCACUGUUCUGGAGCGGCUACGACAAGCCAAGUACAAAGCCAACCGCGACAAGUGCGAAUUCGCGCGGCAGGAGCUGGAGUACUUGGGACAUUAUGUGACGCCGCAAGGCAUCCGUCCGCUUGCGGACAAGAUCGAGGCCCUACGAGUAUGGCCCGAGCCCACCAACACCACGAACGUUUGUUCAUUCAUGGGAUUGGCGGGCUACUAUCAGCGAUUCAUCACCGGAUACUCGAGGAUUGCUGCACCUAUGACGAGAUUACAAUCGCCAAAGCUGCGAUUCGUUUUCGAUGACGACGCACGCCGGUCAUUCCAAGCACUUAAGACGGCUAUGCUCAUGGCACCUGUCCUUAGCAUUUAUGACCUCACCCUGCUGACGAGAGUGACUACGGACGCUUCCGGCUAUGGCAUUGGGGCAGUCUUGGAACAGCACGACGAGGGCGACUGGUACCCUGUGGAGUAUUCCAGCCACAAAGUGCCUCUCAUCAACUGGCUUGAUGAUGCAAGGAAGAAGGAGCUGCUCGCAUUCGUCAUGACUCUCAAGCAAUGGCGGCACUUCCUCCUUAGGCGUCGUAGGUUCACAUGGGUUACGGAUAACAAUCCAUUGACCUACUACAAGACGCAGGAUACGGUGAGCAGCACGAUCACCGAAACAUCUUCCCGGCCUCUCAAAUCGCGCAGCAGAUGCACUCUCGCGAAGACCUGAUCUUUGCGCCGUGACACAUCAUGCCUUUGCAUUCGACUAGGAGCUCCAACGACACUUC